UGGCAGAGCGGUCGGACGGAUCCAUCCCAGAGAGGGGUGUGCGGUUAUACUGGAGUGGCAGUGGGCAGGAGAGCUGGUGAUGCUGUAAGAGCAUACUCCCCCCCCCCCUCCACGUAAGAAGACUCGCUGCAUCCAGGUGUGAGCUGUCACACUGCACCGCAUAUGCCCCAGUGUGCAGUCUUCUCCUAGGCUGGAUCCUGGGCUCUCACCAGACACACAUUCAUCUGUUUACAUAAUAUUCAGAAUUACUUGAGGAUAUUUAAAGAAUUUACAUAUUUUAUUUAUAUCUAUUAUUUUUUUUUAUUUUUAUUUUUUUGGUUUGAGAAGACUGUUAUUCGUCAGUUAUCUCGGGUAUACCUAGAAGAUGUGGACCUUCCUUGGGGUGGCCACCUUUACCUACGUGUAUAAGAAGUGCGAUGAGUUCCUGAGCGUCCCCCGGCUGGAGGUGCUGCUCACUGUGUUGGGGUGCUGCACUAUAGGCCUUGUGCUGUCUUUGCUGCGAUACCGGGGGCGAACUGGGUCCCAAAAACAGGGCAGUCCCGGGAUUAUCUCCAGGAUGUUCAACUUCAGUGGGGCGAGAGAUGUGGGAAAAGCGGGUGUAAAUGGGGUGAGACAGCGGAAAGCCCAGAACCACCUGUCGUCCUUCACUGACAGUAAUGGCGCCACUGUUUCUUCUACCAGCGCUGGAGAUGGUCCCGAUGUCAUCAUCGUGGGGUCUGGUGUCCUCGGCUCAGCUUUUGCUACAGUUUUGUCGAGAGAUGGGAGGAGGGUGGCUGUCAUCGAAAGAGAUCUAAAGGAGCCAGACCGUAUCGUUGGAGAAUUGCUGCAACCUGGAGGGUACCAAGCCCUGAAGGAUCUGGGACUUGGUGAUGCGGUGGAAGGUCUGGACGCCCAUGUGGUUCAUGGAUAUAUUGUUCAUGAUAUAGACAGUAAAGCAGAAGUGGAGAUCCCGUACCCUAUGAAUGAGGAGAAGCAGCUGCACUGCGGCAGAGCCUUCCAUCAUGGUCGUUUUAUCAUGGGGCUCCGUAAGAUGGCCAUGGCAGAACCCACCACGCAGUACAUUGAGGGCACCGUCCAGAAGUUAAUUGAAGAAAAUGACACCGUUCUAGGAGUCCAGUACAAGGACAAGGAAACUGGGGAUGUGAAGGAACUCCGUGCACCUCUUACAGUCGUCGCUGAUGGACUUUUCUCCAAGUUUAGGAAAGAUCUGAUUACUGGAAAUGUCAAAGUGUCGUCUCAUUUUGUGGGCUGCAUUUUAAAGGAUUCACCACAGUUUAAGGCCAAUCACGCGGAGCUCGUACUAGCCAAUCCCAGCCCUAUCCUCAUCUACCAGAUAUCGUCCAACGAGACCCGGGUGCUUGUCGACAUCAGGGGAGAAAUGCCAAAGAACCUAAAAGAAUAUAUGUUGGAGAACAUCCUGCCGCAGCUUCCUGGUCAUCUACAAACUCCUUUCCACUACGCUGUUGAAAAUGACCGCCUGAGGGCGAUGCCGGCCAGCUUCCUGCCACCUUCUCCUGUCAACAAAAAGGGUGUCCUGCUCCUGGGAGAUGCAUACAACAUGAGGCAUCCACUGACUGGUGGAGGAAUGAGCGUGGUCCUGAAUGAUGUGAAGAUUUGGAGAGAACUCCUUCAGGAUCUGCCAGAUCUCAGCGAACACUCACAAGUACUGAAGGCCAAACAGCAGUUCUACUGGUCAAGGAAGAAGUCGCAUUCCUUCGUAGUGAAUGUUCUGGCCCAGGCUCUGUACGAGCUCUUCGCUGCUACUGAUGACUCCUUGCACCAGCUGAGACGAGCCUGCUUCAACUACUUCAAACUUGGAGGAGAAUGUGUCGCCGGCCCCAUAGGACUUCUGUCUGUAUUGUCCCCCAAGCCCAUGCUACUUAUCGGACAUUUCUUCGCUGUGGCCUUUUACGCCGUCUACUUCUGCUUCAAGUCAGAGCCCUGGUUGACCAAACCACGCGCCCUGAUCCGAAGCAGCGCCAUCCUCUACAGAGCGUGUUCCGUCAUCUUCCCUCUCAUAUACUCAGAGAUGAAGUAUUUGGUUUACUAAAUCCAGACGCUGAACAGUUAAAACCACGCCACAGAGGUCACAAAAUAGGCAAAGAGGCUCAUGGCGGUGCCACCACAGACUAUCUGGUAACUCCUGGUCCAUAAUGAUCCUAAUCUACACAAGAAUGAUUGCAAAGCAUGGCAUGAUGACUUCUGCAAGUGCACUCACGAGUCGAGGUGCAAAGGGAUGUAUUAUCUGAAUCCUUAAAGAACCUCAGAUGCCUUCAUGCGCAUUAAUAUACAUAUGAAAUCUACUGCUGAGGACCAAUGAUUGGACAUAAGCGAACGUGAAGAACUCUGGACAGGGCUGGAGCCAUCUUCACUGGAUACCGCAUCCUUGUAGUCUUCAUGGACGGAUAAUUCCCCUUCCUUUAAAUGGGUAGCACUUGAUGGAUUCAUUCUUUAUUUAUUCCUAAACUGUGGAUGGAAAUGCCUGUAAUCUUCCAAUUUGUUCUAUGUUUAAUACCGGGCAGGGAAACGACGCAUUUCGUCCUCUGUGGCAGUUGAGAUUUGCAGCAUUCACCUGAGCCAGUGCUGAGUAUUGGACGGAGAUGUAAAUGGCUAAUUUGCAGAGAAUAUGUCGCCCAUGGUUCCAUGAUCUUGGUGUAACGACAUUAAGGCCCCGAUCAUCAAGGCCGUCAUGUGCUGCUGGAGGCGGCGUGUAAGUCACGACGAGGCGGAGGAAUAAUAUCUAUCUGGAGUGAAUAAUGAUGAAUCGGCUGGGGCCGAUGGUCGUAAAACGAAGACUGCGACUAAAGUGUCACAAAUGCAUCGAAAAGUCACAACUUUUCUACACCAAAAAGAGGCAUGGGGGCAUGAUAAAUACCCCCCCCCCCCCCCAAAUGUUUGACAGCAGCAGAGAUGGAAAGCUCUCCAGUGAAGAUCUCAGCGGUCUAUAUGCAAUUAUUUUUGUACAGUAUACAGUAUAAUACACACGUAUUGUGGAAGUGCUUGGUUUUUAUAUUUUAUAUUAUGGAAAUUUCUAUGAGAAAAGAAAAGUGAACCUGCAAUUUAACAGAGAUGUUAAUUUUACCAAUUAAAAUAGUUUUUGUUUUUUUGAA